UCUUCGGUUUCCCCUUCAGUCUCCUUCAGUCUCUCUCGCGAAAUGGACUUCCUUCUCGUCGUUUGUUCAGUGUUUUUAACACUUGUACAGACAUCGUUAAGCGAGCCCAAACUGCUCUACUAUUCGCCCCAAGAAGAAAAUCAUGGAAAUCAGGUUCAAUAUAACUACAGAUAUGCCAUUGAUGAUAGAUUAUCAGGGACAGUGAUGGACAAGUGGGAAGAGAGGAGGGGUGACUUUGUCAAAGGGGCGUACAGUGUAUUGGAUCCAGAAGGAAUGAUACGGACCGUCGAUUAUCAAGUAGACGGCGACAGCGGUUUCAAAGCAGUAGUCAAAACGAGGAUGCCAAACCAGUUUUACCUGAGUACGCAACAAUUCUGGGAGGCGCAGGCGUCGCACCCACAACCUUCACCUGAACUUUACCUUGGCCCGGUGGUCCCAGAUAAUUCAAGAGAUGAUGACACCGUACCGAUCAACUACCAUGCUGCCAACGCUGAAUAUCUCGGUUACCAGAAACUUUUUGGCAAUCAUAUAGACCGAUUAGACUAAACAGUGAAAAAGGUGCCAAAAUUGAAUUUCCACAUUCUAAGUCAUAAAAGCCAAGUCUUGCAUCAGCAUUCGUACAGAAGAUACCGUCUCAAAUGCUAAUGUUGUUUUAAGAAUGGUGUUGAAAUAUUUAAACAAUUAUUUUUUACCAAAAUUACAAUUUUCAAUAUUAUUUUGUGGCUCAUCGUUAGACAUUAGGUGCAGUUUUGUCCAAGAUGAAUGGAUAAAAAAACAAAACAUUUACAUUGUAUAGAACUUUCUUUGUUCUGUCUAAGGUGUCAAUGCAAUUCUUUUUCUUG